UAUUGGGCUGUUUUAGUCCUAGGAAAAACAAGUGUAGAGGGCGUUGUUAGUCCUGGGAGAAACAAGUAUAUUGGGCUGUUUUAGUCCUAGGAGAAACAAGUGUAGUGGACGUUGUUAGUCCUGAGAGAAACAAGUGUAGUGGGCGGCAGCUGUUGUGUUGCUCUCAGUAUCUUAGUCAUUAUGAUUCGCUUUAUAUUGAUUCAAAACCGUGCUGGAAAAACUCGCUUGGCCAAAUGGUAUAUGAAUUUUGAUGAUGAUGAGAAGCAAAAGUUAAUUGAAGAAGUACAUGCAGUAGUCACAGUGAGAGAUGCCAAGCACACAAAUUUUGUGGAGUUUCGAAACUUCAAAAUUGUGUACCGACGCUAUGCUGGCUUGUAUUUUUGCAUCUGUGUAGACAUAGCUGACAACAAUCUUGCAUACCUCGAAGCCAUACACAAUUUUGUUGAGGUGCUUAAUGAGUACUUCCACAAUGUUUGUGAACUUGACUUGGUAUUCAACUUUUAUAAGGCUUACAGUGUAGUAGACGAGAUGUUUCUUGCUGGAGAGAUCCGUGAAACAAGUCAAACCAAAGUGCUUAAGCAACUUCUGAUGCUGAACUCUCUUGAAUAACCCCUAGUCAGGAUGCUGGAGGUACACUACACUGUAAUACUGAGCAGCAGUUUGGAAUUGGUAGUUGUUCACUCUGAUUAACACUUGACGUGUCUUUCACUGGCACUAGUACUACACAAGGUCCCCAAUGAACGUAUAGUUAAGGAGUUCAGCAGAGUUACCUUCUGCUGGAUUAGUAGUCAAGUGAGGAUAUCCUUGUCUUCAGAGUGAAAGUGUCUAUAUCAAGACAUAUGGUAUGUUGUUGUUUUGCAACAAUUAAUUUUCCACCUAUUAUAAUGAAGAUUGUGAAUAGCUUGUAUGAGAAAGUGUAUAGUAGUUGGAUGUACAUUAUUAAAUUUCAUGAUAAAGUAUUCAUUAUCCUGUGAGUUUCAUAAUUUGUUUGUUAUAGAUCAUGAUGUAUGUAAUUUCAUAGAUUGUAUAUUUUUUUGUUUUAUUAAAGAAGCUAAGUACAGUAUUUCUUUCUUUAAUAUUUCAAGGAAACAUUCCAUUGCCUAGGGUAUGUGAAGUUUUAUAUUGUAAUAUACAGAUAAUUGCAAGUCAGAAAAGCUUGCCUAAAUAGUUUUAUUGGAAGACUUCAUGUUAGAGUGAAUUAAAUUAUAAAACUGA